AGGUCGAGAAGUAGAACAGGUCUGCCACACAUACAAGCACACCUCACCCGCAUCUAUCGUAUUCCAUCAACUCCAAAUACUAAUCUCGCCGAACCUGAAUACAAAGCGCCGUCAUGCUCACUACCGCACUAGCUAGCUCGAUCCUCUACCUCCUUACUCGCUGCCCACCCGCUCUGGAACCUUACGUCCAGAAGAUCCUCUCCAACCUCCCUUUAAACUCCCAAUUGGCCUCAUACCUCACCAACAAUAGACCCCUCCUGAUCACCCUCCUGAAAGCCUUCAUCGCCCUCGGCCUCAUCCACAACGCAAGCUCCUUACUGACCUCGGUCGCGCUGAACAAUUGGCAGUGGAGGAGUGAUAAAUAUCAAUGGGAAUGGAGUAAGGAGGUGGCGGUCGUUACUGGGGGGUGUAGUGGGAUAGGGGAAGAGAUCGUCAAGGGGUUGAAGAGGAGGGGGGUUAGGGUGGUCGUGCUCGAUGUGCAGGAGGUGCCGGAGAGGCUCAAGGACGACGUCGCCCUGUAUUGCCAUUGCGAUGUCACCUCACCCGAAUCCGUCCAUUCCGCCUCUCUCCAGAUCAAAGAACACUUCCCGGAUACACCUCCUUCUAUCCUAAUCAACAAUGCGGGGAUCGGACACGAUUUCCCCAUAUUCUCCCCACCCAUCGACAAGCUGAAGAAACUCAUUGAUGUCAACCUCACUUCGCACUGGAUCACCUGUGCCGAGUUUUGUCCGGGGAUGGUGGAGAGGAAUAAAGGACAUGUGGUAGAGGUGGCGAGUAUGAGUAGUUUUGUGAGCGUUGGGAGGUUUAGCGAUUAUUCGGCGGGUAAGGCGGCGUUGGUUAGCUUUAGUGAGAGCCUGAGGGACCAACUACAGCGAUACUACCACGCCCCCAAUGUCCACGUGACCACCGUCCACCCCCUCUGGGUAUCCACCCCACUAGUCGCCUACCGUAAAGACCAAAUCGAACAGGCUUCGGGGAAGAUGAUGACCCCUCAAAGGGUCGCGGGGGAGAUUGUCGAUCAGAUCUUCAGGUGUAAAGGGGCGAGGCUGAUCAUACCGGGGUCGUUCGGGUGGUUGAGAGGGACGAGGGCGUGGCCGGUCUGGAUGUUGGAUCUUUUGAAACGAUCGAAUGGGCUCGAUGGGGAUGAGAAGUAGGGGUGUGGGUGAUGAUCGGUGUGGAAUUGUAAGAUAGCUCGUGGGGAUCGCAGGGUUUGCGAAUUUGUUGUACGUACCGAAUCGUGGUG